UGUAGGUUAUCCAAACACUCCGGCUCUCUGCCUCUCUCCCUGGGUUGUACCAUCGCAGGCAGAGACUGAGCGUGAACUUGUGCGAUGGGAGCUGGAGAUGAAUACUUCAUUGCUGACCCACUUAAUGGCGAUAUAUGAGGCUCAGUGAGCGCUACUGGUGCUGCGGCUGCUCUCCGCGCCUCGUCUCCCAUCUUCCUCCUCCUGGAUCCGACUCGCCUCUCCUUUGCUCUCCCUCUCUCCAUCUCGCUUUCCGAAGGCAGAGAGGAGGGAGGAACAAAGGGGACUUCUGCCGACGACAGGGCGAUGGAAACGGAGAAAGUAAAGAACAGAAAGGAGCAAUUAAGGCUUACCUGAGCAGGAUUGAACCCUCAAGGACCCAGCGUGAGAUGGCACACCAUUCAGAGAAGGCUUCAGCCUGAAGUUUAGCUGAUUCGAUAGUACCACUGCUUUCAACUCUUCCAGAACCAAUAACCUUCAACAGAACCCCCUUCUCAACCCGAGGUCAAGCUUUCUGCUUACAUCAGUCCCCCCUGCCCUACAUCGUCCUUUUUGUAAAACUAUUCGUGGUUCUGGGUCUUCUCAUCCUAUUUCCAUCGCACGUCUUGGUGUGCCAACUUGAAGGUUCUUAGGCCAUGGCAGUACCCAGUGCCAAUGAGUUCCACUGGCAGAGCCUGGCACGACUGCCAUGUGGCCGCGUCUACCACACUCUGUCUGAGGUGGGGGGUCAGAUGUACAUGCUGGGUGGCUGUGAUGCUGCAGGGAGGCCGUGCCCCGGACUUGAGCUGUAUUCUCCUGAGGUGGACCGGUGGAUAAGCUUGGCCCCAAUGCCCACCCCUCGUGCUGGGGCGGCCGUGGCCGUGCUGGGGAAGCAGAUCUUGGUGGUGGGAGGAGUGGGAGAAGACCAGAGCCCACUUAAGGCAGUGGAGAUGUAUAACACAGAGGAAGGGAGAUGGAGGAAGAGGAGUGCUUUGAGGGAGGCACUAAUGGGUGUAUCCAUCACUGUGAAAGAUGGUCGGGCUCUGGCUGUUGGAGGAAUGGGCGCUGAUCUCCUCCCUCGCAGCAUCCUGCAGCAGUAUGACCUUAGAAAGGAUGUCUGGGCGCUACUUCCUCCCAUGCCAACUCCUCGCUAUGAUGCCAACUGCCAUCUGCUUGGAGGUCGACAAUGUAAGCGACCAGUGAAAUCUUUUGAGAUGUACGACACAGAAACACGCUCUUGGACAUCCCUGCCCGUUUUGCCAUGUAAACGCACAUAUGGAGGUGUGAUUUGGGACACUGCUGGGAGGCUUUGUCUGCUGGGAGGACUACGGCAGGGCGGAGGACACCAAAGCUCCAAGUUCACUAAGAACGUCAAUAUUUUUGACACCAAUCAAGGCACCUGGCUCAAGUCUGAGGAGACAGUGGCUUUGAAAACCAAGAGAGCAGACUUUGCUGCCGCCUUCUUGCGCGGCAGGAUGGUAGUCUCAGGUGGACUCGGUAAGCUGGAAACAAAGUUCUGCAACUCAACUCAGCCUCAUGCAAGCACAUUCGGAAGACUGCAUUAUAAUUAAAGAAAGCGAGUGACACAAGUGUAAAGCAAAAGAAAACCACUUUCAGAAGGCAGUUUAUCAGCACCAGCUGUGUUUGCUUUAUAUUCUACUGGAGAAAUGUCUCUGACCCUAGUAGUAGUAGUGGAAGAUUUUAGAUUGUGAAAGAUUAGAAUGUGGUGACAAUCUACCUAAGCUAAAAGAAUAAUCAUCAAAAAGAUCACUCUAUGUAAUGCUGUUCUAUGUUCUUGCUCAGACCUAUCAUUUCAGCCUUAUAUGCUUUUAGGUAGUAGGGAUGAAACAGUUACUUCUAAUUUGGUGCUUCUGGUGAAUUAGUUCUUUUUAUAUGGGUAUUAAAAUGGAAUUAGCAUUAAAACUGUAUUUGGUUACAACACAGUUUUAAAGUGUCCAGUUUAUUGCUUGUCCAUCAAAUGCAUUGUCCUGAGAGGCAAGCAGAAGACAAUAAAAAUAUUUAAACUGCUAAUGAGCACCGGUUGCUGAUUGUGGCUGUAUUUUGAACUUCAUAACUUUCAGAGAGGGAUUCUGAAGACGUUUGAGUCCUAAAUACCUGCAGAAGGAACCAACAGGAGUAGUUCUUUGCCUGCGGCAGCCACUAGCUGCGUAGUACAUAAUGCUGAGGGUGUUAACUUUUAACCAGCUGGUUACGGUCUUCAGAAUAUUCUGGUUCGUCUGUUUUACCUUAUUACCAGAUUAGUAUAACUGCACCUGAAUAUACAGUACAGCCAAAAUAAAGUUCCAAGACUUAUUGAAUGAAUCAGUUUGGAUGAAGUGCCCUCCAGGGCCGGAU